AGGCGGGAAGCGCGCGGCGUGGCGCCGACACUCGGGGAGGGAUCCGGCACUCGGGCGGCCGCCGCCGCGCGCCUCGCCCGCACCAUGUCCGUGCGCGCCGACCACCGGGAUCGAGACCGGUUCUCGAGACACUCUUCACGCGCUUCAGUUGAUUUGGCUUUUCCUAGUAGUUCUGCGCGUGACCACUCUUUUCGUUCCGUGCAUUCGGCCCGCGUGCCAAGAGUAGCAAGCGAUGAUUUGAUGCUGCCUGCGCGCACGCUCCGCUCGGCCUCUUGUCGAAUAGCACCUGGCGCUCCUCACCGCCUGCGCCGCCAUCACUCCUCAGCCGCAGAAUGCGAGCGAGCCCGUCGUUCCCGCCGUCACACCUUGGAGCUUCCAAACAGCCGUGGGCCGAGCGUCCGCAGCAGGUCUCCGGAGCCGCCGCCGCCGCCCGCGGAGCCCGAGAUCCUACCGGAAGACGCCAGCAAGGAGGCCCGCAGACGACGCGUGGUGGCAGCCGUGGCAGCGUCGUUCUUCGCGCUGGCGCUGGCGUCGGUCCUGGUGGUGGUGGUGACGCUGACUCACAGCUAUGUGCUGCGAGCUCACAACCAAACGACCAAUUCGGCAGGAGAACGAGCGCAUGAUGCACGACGUCCAGCUGGCGGGGGCCUUAAAUCGCACCCAGUCCUUGGAGGCAUUGCGCUGACGCCGCGCUACUCGCCGCGACCGCGCCUGGACCACGUCCGGCCGGCGGCCGCGCCUCCCGAGGAACCCGUUGACACCGGCGGCCCGGACCCGCCCGAGGACGUCCCGCCACAACCCCGGCAGCCGGUGAGCGAGGCCGUGUCUCCUGCGUGAGCGCACACGCCCAACACACGAAGGUGACGCACAAACUGCCAGGAACAGCGCCGGCUGUGACUAUGUGAACCGAGAGAAUUUUCAUAGAUUAAAGUUUCGAGUUGGUGACGUUGCAAGGUGUAGGUAGCUAAUGUGAAAUUGUGAAUAGUCAAGAAUGAAAUGUUAUUUGUUGAAAUGUAUCAGAUAGGGUAUAAAAGACGAAAGGUCAAUAAAUCCACGUUAGGCCAUAUGCAACUGUCGUAAGUUAAGACUACAAUUGUGGGCUAAAGGAAGAAAUUUAAUUUGGAAGGUGUGUGACGAGUCAGACCUUUUGAGUAUAAAAUUAUGAAUGAGUAAACCGUUUAGUUAAAUAAUGAAGACGAUUGUAGCCGAAUUAAUAUUACGAAUGACUUUGUCCAAAUAAUUUGCUAAACUCGAUCAUAGAUUACGCAACAUCUAAGUUAGACAACCUUGGGAUCAAUCUUACAGAACGGAUAAUAAAUUACAUUUCUUUCUUGAGCUAAUAUUAGAUUAUAAUAAAUGUUGAUAUUUGAGGUGAAAUGAUGCCAUUUCGAGCACAUUGAAAUAUUCUGGUAUGAAGGCAAAUGCCUUUGUUAUUUAUUAGUAAUUGAAUCAGGUGUUAACUAUAUAAAUUAUAUAUGGUAAUGAAACUUUUAAAAUUCCUAUAUUUUUAUCAAUAAUUGCACACACAUUUUGUAUAAUUUAAAUUAAUCACAAUAUACUCUCACUUAUGUAAUUCAUAUCUAUUUUAUUUCUAUAUACAGAGAUUAUUUUACUAAACCUAACUUGUAAUGAGAGCCUGACGCUUCAGCACAUUUUUUUAGUUAGAUACUGAAAUUCGAGUCCUCACAAUUUAGUCAAAGAGCUUUCAAAACUGUGCUUAAUCUGUUAAGAAUAAGAGCUUUUUGUAAGUAGUUGAUGUAGAUAUAUGUAUGUGCAACGACAAGUGUUCUGUCGUAUCGGGAAACAAGGCAAUCUCGGGCGAUCGGUUUGCGGUUAAUCGAUUACGUUAAAUGCUGAUGUUGCGGUUAUGUAGAAUUGUGUGGUUAAAGCCUCGUAUCCACCGGGAAUAAUAAUCAAUCGUGCAACAUAUCCACGAUAUGCAAUUAAUUUUUAACAGUUAUAUUGAAUGGAAUUACUUACACAAAAUUUCUCAAUACAUUUCAGCCGAAAAAAGAUUGGGCGAUACAGUGGUCUAAUUUGGUCAUCGUGCUAUAAACAGUUAAGGUAAAUAAAAUUUUACAAAUCGACCUGUGAUGUUUAUCUAUAUCUAUAUAAAAUAUAGUUAUUAUUGAGCUCCUCAGUCAACUCAUAAUCCAUGGACAUGUAACGAAAUUAAAAUGAAAUUAAUCUAUUGAUGAUAAUGAUCCACAGACAUGUCAAAAUUUACUUUGGGGCAACAAAAAAAUUUGAACUUCCUCUGCUAGAGCGAUUGGAAGCGGCAAGACAAUGUUGCGAGACAAUCUUACUUUUUUUCAAAUGCAUCUUCGUUGUUUGAUUCAGAUCACGUCUUAAUUCUUUAUGGUGUAGACAGAGCCAAGAGUUGAGAAACUCGAAGAUAAGAAUCCUGUGGAUACGGGGCCUAAUAAAGCUCGUGCAACCAGCCCGCAUAUGCGUCAACCGAUGUUAUAAUAAAAUAUUCGAACAAUUUUUGCUUGUUGACUUUACGAAAUAGCAAAUUGUUCAGUUGAAAAUCAAAAUGUGUUGUCGAUGUUACAAUUGAAUAUUUAAUUGCUAAAAUAAAAUAGUUCCAGCCAGUGUCAGCGUAGUUGGUAUUUUCGAGCAUUAACAAAUCUUCAAUCAGUUAUUAUAAGAAAUUACAUUUUUUUUUCUGGAAGAGACGUUAAUUAACGCCGAAAAGUUCCAACAGCGACUGACUGGUACUUAAUUUUACAUUUAUAUGUAUUUUAGGCCUACUGUUUUAUGCGAUAAGCGAAAUGCUUUCGGUCAAUUUAAGAUACUUAUAAAUGAACUAUUUGUAUACAAGAGGGCAUAUAAAGUAGCUUAUCGCUGCAGGUGUGCAGUAGUGGGGGUGCAGUAGGCGAGGUCUGCUGAAUUUCGGGCCCAGAUUCUGAACGAAAUAUUGUCUUGUUACAAACAUUGAUCAAAUAAAAUAAAACCGGUCACGACCCAAGCGACUUCGUCUGCGUAAAAUUCGUAUUUUUAUUUAUGUACAUGUAGCUACAGACAUAUUGGCGGUUUUCAGAUUUAAUAUUUUACAGUACUAUGAGACAAUAUGCUUCUUGCUAAAUUGAUUGAAUGGUCAACAGAAUGUAUUUAAUAAGGAAAUGCUCAGGAGUCGGUACUCUUUUCGCUAUUUUUUCUCCAUUAAAUUACGUACCUACUUCUUUUUACUAUUGGUUAAAUUAUUUAAUUUCAUUACCAUUUUUUUAAUACAAAUUAGAAUUAUUUUAUAUAAUACAAAUUAGAACUGAAAGAAUCAUUUCACAAAAAAAAAUAGUGUUGUGUUUUUUGUUUGUUCAGUGUUUGUAACAAAUUCAUGACAUUACAUUGUCGUUGCGAAUAAUGUUGCGAAAAACGCAGCGGCACGGUACAUAGUGAGUACAUAAUAAUAAGCUUCAGAGUUGAAUUUUCUUUUCAUUUUGUUGGAAUUUUUAAAAAACUGAAAUUAGCUACACGUUUUGUCCAUGAAUUAACGUUUAUAUAGUCUUUAUAUUUACAUUAUUGUUUUUAAACAUUUCCUUGAUACAGUUAGUUUUGUGAUACUGACUCAUUGAAAAUCUCCGAUAUUGAUUUUUAGUGUUUAUAUAUAAAAUGUAUGUAUGAAGUUUGACUUCUGUACUCCGAUGUAUCGUGGUGGCAUUGUUUCGUGCAUAUUUAUCGAAAUUUUCCGAACCGCCUCCGCACCUCUUCUGAAGGUAUUUCACGUCACAUGCUUUCAAAAUAUUAAAUCUUCUCGCUACCGUCGGGUUGUUCAUAUAUGACCAGUGUUCCUACAAAAGAACAAUAGAAAAACUGGAAAAAUUGUAGUUAUUGAAAUAAAACUCCUUAGGGAUUAGUUAAAUUGAGCUGUUUAAAAAAUAUUCAACCUGCGAUAUCACCUUCGCGUUGCGGUUAGGAUGAAUUUCCCGAAAUGGGCAUGGAGCACUGCUAAUAGUUACGAAUAUGUGUAUCGACAAUUAAUAUAUGUACUAGAUUAAUGUAAAAUGCGACCCGCAUCCCCUCCCAUCCUCGUGUGAUACGAUAUGGUACGUGUUCAAUCGUUACGUGUAUUCUAAGACUUCCCGCGGCGCACGCGCCUGCCAAUCAUUCGGCUAUACUAGAGCAAUUCCAAGUAUAAACAGGACCUAUUAACGUAAUUAGUGUUAGAGGGAAAAUACAAAGAAUUUUAUAGUUGUUUGUUGUAAAUGUCAGUUUUAAUUAAUCUAUUUUACAGAAAAAAUGUUUAAUAAAAUAUCUUUAUAAAUA